CUUCCCCGCGUCUCAGGAGAGCCCUGGUCUGGGGCAUCGUCGGGCUUUUAAAUGGGUCCCGGCGGAGGUCUGGACCGCUCUCCCUGCGAUCCUCCAGUGGCUGCGGCGGCGCGGUGCUACCUGGAGACCUGCUGAAAACGCACAGAGCACGUCUGCUCAGGCAUUUUCUAACCAAACUGAAUAAUUGAGAGAAUAGAUGAGUCAAUCUAGACAGAGAUCUUACUGCACCUCUCAGCUGCAAGUUUUUUCUUUUUUUCUUCCCCCUCCUCCUCUCAUCUUCAUCUCACCCAUCAGGAGGAAAUAAAAGCCUGGAAUGAAACUGAAUGAGGAUUUCAUUUGAUGCCUUACGUGUGUGAUAGGUUAGAUUUGCUUUGGCUUUUUGAGAGAGAAUGGCUUUGGAACAGGCAAUUCCUGCAAUUUGGGUAGAGUAAAGAUAUUAUGGAUUUAUUUUAGGCCUUUAUUUUCUUGUCUCAUACCUUUGUUGCUAUGGUAACCUUCCACAUCUCCCAAAUUGCCCUUUCGUCUCCCUUAUGGGUGGUCUAUAUUUCCCCCCGUCUUUUCCCCUCAACAAUGCAACGAGCACUCGCAGGUUUUCUUUCCCACUUAUUUUUUGUACGCUUCAGUCCGGUUUUCAUUUGCUCUGAUUUUUUUUCUUUCAGCCGUUUUUGACGUUGAAUUGACGAGGCUGGACUCCAGAUGUCAGCAAACGGAGCCAGCCAAUCGCAAAGAGAGAAGUUUGAACGCUUCAGGCCUCAACAAAGUCACAUAUCCCCCAGGCUUCUGCAGGCGAAGAUUUCCAAACAAUGCAUAUAUUUCUCACCUCACACGCACUUGAGUUUAUCAUAAUCCCAAAUACAGAUCGUGUCACUGAACACAAACAGUCUCAUGUGGAAACGCUCUGCUGCAAAGCCUGUAUCAAAAAAAAAAAAGAAAGAAGAGGAAGUGCUACCUUCCUUCAUGCCACAUCCUCUCAGUUGUGCUUGUCUUCCUUUUUGACCCUCAGAUGAGUUUUUUUCUUUGACAGUUAUCUGCACUUGGGCCUGUUGAUCUUGCAGAUCUCAUUAGUGUCUCUUUUCAGAUCGUAGCACAGCCCUCCAACUUCCUGCACCCCGGGUUUUAACGCGUUUCUUUUUUGGAGUUAACUUCUUGUAGAGGGAUUAUUUCAGCAGAAUCUCCCCCGGUCUUGUUGUGGUUGCUCUCAGGGAGCCAGCUGAAGCUCUUCCUCAGACGGUGUGUGAGAGCCUCUGACUCCUCUGCAGAUUCUUGCCAACGAUUCAGCAAAGUGACCGAGCCGUCCAGAGGAGGGGAGAUGGAGGCCGCCGCUUUCGAGUACCACAAGAAGGAGGAAGACCUGGAGGUGGAGUCUUUUCAGGGAGAGAAGAGGAAGCUCAUCCAGCCGACAUCCUUGAAAGACCCCAAGCUUGAAAACCUAAAGCAGGCCUUGGUGGACUGGAUCAAUAAGACUUUGAAAGCAGAGCACAUCGUGAUUCAGAGUCUGGAGGAGGAUCUGUACGAUGGACUGGUCCUUCACCACCUGCUGGCCAGAUUAGGCAACGUGAAGUUAGACGUGGAGGAGAUAUCGCUGACCAGCUCCUCUCAGCUCCGUAAACUGGAAGCCAUCAUGAAAGAGCUGGACAAGAUGCUGGGCGUGGAGGACAGCUGCCCGAUCAAAUGGGACGUCAAACUCAUCCACAACAAAGAUCUCCUAGCAACCAUUCAUCUGCUGGUUGCCAUGGCAAAAGCUUUCCAACCUGAGCUCAAUCUGCCGCCGAAUGUGAAGAUUGACGUUGUCACAGUAGAAGUAAGCAAGAGCGGAAUCAGAUCUGAGGUGCAGACUGAAGUCCUGACAGAGGACAGCAAUGCAGGCUCAGACUCCUCCGGCUAUCCUGAAAGGGAAGAUCCCAUUGAGCAACUGCUGAAGCUUGAGGCUAACAAGGUCAACACAGUGAAGAAGGCCAUCUUACACUUCGUCAACCAGAACAUGGCAACCCUGGGUCUGCAGGUGGCUGAUAUGGACAAACAGUUUGCUGAUGGAGUGAUAUUGCUGCUGCUGAUUGGUCAACUGGAGGGCUUCUUCAUCCCGCUGGUUGACUUCCACCUGACCCCUGUUAACGACACUGAGAUGCUUCAUAAUGUGACGCUAGCCCUGGAUCUCCUGGAGGAUAUUGGCCUGCAGCUGCCCAAUAUUGAGCCGCAAGAUAUCGUCUCUCAGGACGUCGCCGCCACCUUGAGGGUCCUUUACGCCCUGUUCAGGAAGCACAAAAGGAACUGAGGGAGGAAGACGCUGGACGAAGACGAGCCGAGCUGCUGAAAAAUCAACAAGAAGACGGGAGAGGAAAGUGUUCACUGUAUAAUUUAUUGCUGUAUUUUUUAUUUUGGGUCAUACAGAUUUAGACAAAAACAGUGGGGUCUAUUUGGGAACAUUUUUAGCUUUUAUGAAUAGGGGCAUUUUAUGUAGUAUAGGCUAAAUGUGCGUUUUUGUUUUUUUUUAAAUAUAUAUUUUGUAAAUAUAUUGAGAACUCAGGUUGAAAAGUAAAUCUUCUCUUGAUUUAAAAAAAAGUAUUAAAUUUUACUUUUAUUAAAUUGGAGGACAGCAAAUACUUCAGUGUUGGUGGCAGCAGGAAACUGAUAUUUCUUUAAGACUGCACACCUGACGGAGCCCCAGGUAGAGAAGCAUGACUGAAGCAGCUGAUUGGAGUCAGUUUAUGCAAAUAAAGCUUAGCAUCCAGAAAACUGCUAACAUCUGACUGGCAUCACAGAAAAAAAAAUGGCCGGCAGCAGAAAAGUAAAAAAGGAAAGAAAGUAGGAAACAGUCAUUCACAGUUUAGACCAGAUUUUGUUUUACAGGUUUUCCGUGCUGAAACGUAUCAGUGAUGUGCCGAAAAUGAAAUAUUUUUUACUGUUGCCACUAAAACCUUCGCAAAGUUUUGUCUAUUUUUAUAUUUAGGAAUGUUAUUGUGAAUAAUAAAUUUCUCUGACAGUGACAGUAUCAUCAACAUCAGCGAUUAGAGUUUUAAAUCUUAACCGCAGAUGGACGACUAACAAGACUUGCUGUAGAUAAAGAAAUAUUCAAGGUACGACAUGUGGAUGUAAUUAACUGUAACGUAAUUGACUGCAUAAAUAUUAGGCCAUAUGUGUCCUUGGUUGGGUUAGUAGUUCAAUAAAGCUUCACUUCCUGGUAAAACAA